UGAGUCAUCUCAAUCGUAAAAUCGAAAUAUCAGAAAAAUCUUUACAUAUUAAGUAGAUUUUAAUCAGGUAUUGUUUUGUACUUCGAACUAAUGACAUAACUAACACGAUGGAUUUAUCAACUGUGUGCCGAUGUUGCUUGUCCCAAGGCUUGGUAAAAAACUUAUACUCCAGCUAUGUGUGGCUGGACACCACCGAAAUAUAUUCGGAUAUGCUGCAGGGAUGUUUCAAUAUCGCCCUGGCCAAGUUGGAGAAUGGGAACAUCUGCGAGGACUGCAUCUUGCAGCUGCGGAGUGCCAUGCGCUUCAAGGAGCAGGUGCUGGUCUCCGAGCGGGAGUUCCUCAAGCAGAUACAGGCUUGUGUUGAUAAUGAAAAGAAGCCAUUUGAAGUGAAGGUGGAACCCAAAAAUGAACUUUCAUUCGACUACGACUCCGAUGACUACUUCCUGGCGGAUACAGUGAGAGAAGUUCCCGUGGAAGUGAUAAUGCCUGAAGCCCGGGAGGUCAAGAAGAAGACCCCCCCGCAGAAGAAGCCCCUCAAGAAGGAGGGGGAGCGCGCCAGGAAGAUCAGGACGCUUGUCAACAGGCUCGCCUCCUCCAUGAAUUCCUGCGAGCUCCCAGACAUAACCACUCUAAAAAAGAAAGAUAUAAACGAGAUCAUCAAGACGGGGCGCAAGCAACCCAGACCGUCCGGCCGGACGGGGUCGGGUCGGACGGUCCCCCGCGACAGGGUCAACCUCGCGGCGCUGACCUCCUGGACCUCACGCGUCAAAACCGACAAGAACAAACACAGAGCCAACCUCCAAACUAUACUCACUUACUCCAACGCUGUACCGUUCAAAAACAAGACACUUUUAGGCUUCUUAUGUGGCUACUGCGAAGAACGUUUCAUCGACCCGGUUGAUUUGAGAACACACACCGAAAAAGAUCAUAAGAAAGACCGCUUGGACUUCAAAUCUACAUUCGAUAUGACAGAGUACAAUGUCAAAUUAGACGUAGGAGACCUAAAUUGCACUUUAUGCGAUGAAAAAAUGGACAAUUUAAGCGUCCUGAAGACCCAUUUAGUUAAGGUACAUAACAAAACUAUUUAUAACGAUAUUAAAGAUCAUAUAUUGCAGUUUAAGCUAAAGAAAGGUGAUGUGUAUGACUGCGCGCUGUGUACGUCGACUUACGAGACGUUUAAGAUGCUAAAACAGCAUAUGAACAAGCAUUACGCGAAUUAUACUUGUAAAAAAUGUGAUACCGCCUUCGCUACUAAGCGGUCUUUGAAUUCACACCGAUCGACUCAUCUGGAAGGCAGCCAUAAGUGCCCGCACUGUGAUAAGGUGUUUGCUAGUAAAUCUAAACAGCAUUACCAUGUGAAAACUAAGCAUUUGGGUUCAAGAAACGUUUCUAACUGCCCGUUCUGUAACGAGCCAUUCCGGAGUUACUACCAGCGGAAUCAACAUUUGGUCAAAGUACAUAAUUCGGAAGCUAAAUACAAAUGUAAUGUUUGCGAUAAAGCUUAUAUAUUAAAGAGUUUACUUAUGUAUCAUAUAAAAAAGACUCAUCUAAUGGAAAGGAACUGCCAGUGUACCGAAUGUGGUUACAAGUUCUUUAGUAAGAAAGCGCUGAAUGCCCAUAUGGUGAAACAUACCGGGGAAAGGAAAUAUUCCUGUGAAGUGUGCCACAAGUCUUAUGCGAGGAAGUAUACGCUGCGCGAACAUAUGAGGAUACAUAAUAAUGAUAGACGGUUUAAGUGUGACGUUUGCGCCAUGACUUUUGUGCAGAAGUGUAGUUUGAAAAGUCAUCUGCUGUCAAAUCAUGGCAUUAGUAUGGCUGCUUGCGAUAUUGCCUCUACCGAAUAGUGUAUUUGACAAAGAGAAUAGAGUGUAUAGAGACGGAUUGUCAAAGUAAAUUAUGUAGCCACUGUAAAUUUACUGCCAUCUUUCGACAGAACAUACAAACUGUUAGAACGCCAUUUGACUUUGAUCCUUAUUCUUUCACUGAUAUGAGUGAUAUGUGUUAACUUAUUAAAUAUUAAUAUUAAUAUUAACGCCAUCUACUCG